AUGACAGAGAGGACCCCUCUCCUCCACUACCGCCUCUUCUCCAGCGUUAAUGAGUCCGAGCAGCCGGCGCCUCCGGCCCGCCGGGCCCCGGAGCUGGAGCCGGGCGGCUCGGGCGGCCCGGCCCAGCCCAAGAAACUCUCCGUCUUCUUCGGGGUGGUGGUCCCCACUUUGCUGUCGAUGUUCAGCGUGGUGGUGUUCCUCCGGAUAGGGUUUGUGGUGGGACAGGCCGGGCUGUACCAGGCUAUCGCCAUGUUCUUGGUGGCCUACUUCAUUAUCUGUAUGACGGUGCUGUCAGUCUGCGCCAUCUCCACCAAUGGAGCCCUGGAUGCUGGGGGAGCCUAUUACAUGAUCAGCAGAGCCCUGGGUCCAGAGUUUGGAGGCAGCAUCGGCCUCAUGUUCUUCCUGGCCAACGUGUGUGGCAGCGCGCUCUACGUGCUGGGGCUGGUGGAAGCCAUCGUGGCCACAUUCGGAGUGCCGGAAGACGGGGCCCUGGCCACCUCUCCGUACCAGGUCCUGCCCUCGGGCUACUGGUGGUCUCUGCUCUACGCCACCGGCGUGGCCCUGCUGUGCCUCCUGGUGUGCCUGGUGGGCGCCCACAUCUACGCCAAGGCCACCUUCCUCAUCUUCCUGGUGGUCAUGUUCGUCCUGGGCACCAUCUUCGUCAGCUUCUUCGCCGUGCGGCCCCGGACCAUCCUCCUGCCCAGCCCGGGGACCAACGGGUCGGGACCAGGGUUCCCCACCACGGCCAACUUUACCGGCUUCAAACUGGACACGCUGCGCGGAAACCUGUGGGCUGACUACACUCUAGAUUACACAACCAGAACGAUGAUGACCUUUGCCACCGUUUUCGCUGUGAUGUUCAACGGCUGCACCGGCAUCAUGGCAGGCUCCAACAUGUCGGGCGACCUGAAGAACCCCAGCUACUCCAUCCCCCGCGGCACCAUCACCGCCGUCAUCUUCACCUUCAUCAUCUACAACCUGCUCAGCGUUCUGGUGGCCUGCUCCUGCGAC